AUGAUGGUUUAUGAUUGCGGACGAGCGGAGAGUUUAUCGGCUGUUGUUGGAAGGACAGCUGCUGGGCUUGGCUCCUGCCCAGGCUGUGAGAGGGACAUUACCUGGGAGCAUCUGUGCGCCGCCUCGUCCAACCAUAACUGUCCCGCCAUGAAUGCACUCACUAAUAUUCAUCUGAGCGGCGGCGAGGCGGCGUGUUGGGAGUCCAGGGCGACGCGGGGUCAAGGUUGGGGUCUGCAGAUGCAACUGUUCCAUCAAACCGUCGCCCACUGCACUCGGCUUUAA